AUGACUGACUCCGACUCUGAUGAUGAUGACGACAACUAUAAUUCCUUUUGGGAGAUAUAUAGCCUAAGUAGUAACCGUUGGAGGAUAAUUCAUGUCAACAUGCCUCUUUUUUCUCGCAAUAAAGCCGUGUACAUGGAUGGAGUGUCUCAUUGGUGGGAUAAAAAUGAAACACAUACAUAUUUGGUGUCAUUUGAGUUCAGCAAUGAAUCUUUUACUAAAACACCCAUGCCCAGUUUUGAGGUCAACAAUGACCUGGUGAUAUUGAGAGACUUGGUGAUAUUGAAUGGAUCUAUUGCUUUCAUCUUAAAUUAUAAAAAGGCGUCUACAAUUCACAUUUCAAUUUUGGGUGAACUCGGUGUAAAUGAAUCAUGGACUAAACUCUUCGUUGUCGGACCAGCACCUUCCCUUAAUUAUCCAAUCGUUGUGGCGAAGAAGGGCAAGAUAUUGUUUAGAAGUAGACACAAUAGACAAAAUAAACAAGAAUUAGUCUGUAUAUGCCAAAUUAAGAAACUAUUGCAUAAUGUGGAACUCCUCGGACUAACUCGAGUUGGAAGUCAUCAAGUCAUCCGUCAGAUUUCUGCUGGUUUUAUGAUAUUCUUCAAUACUUUAGAUAAAGCAAUUUCAGUUAGCUGA